AUGGAUAUGCUCAAUUUGACGGUUAAGCUUCCCCAUGAACCCGGAUCUAUAAGGAUACUGGUUUCUGUCCACGAGACAUUCAACGACAUCAGACAGUCAAUCCUUGAUCUUCCUUCCACCGUCCAAUACACUUGCUUUUCACUAUGGUUCAACGAUGCCCCUUUGAACGACUUCCUGGAACUCAGCUCAGUUGAAGGAAUCCACGACGGAGCGACACUGGAGUUGCACGAGGAGGCCUACACUGAACGUGAAGCGCGCCUGCAUGUGCUCAAAGUCCGCGAUGUAAUUGCGCUUUCUUCGACCAAGAACGAUCCAAUUACCGCGCUCAGCUCCGGUUUAUCUGCUCUAGAGUCGGUUGAGGCGUUUGGCGAGCAGUUCAAGACCGCCGCUGAUGAGAAAGACAAGACCGGUCCGCGACACGCCAUGGCUGGAUUCGACAUGAAUGGUACUCCUUCGCUGGCCGAGAUUUUACCCCAGCCUGAGCCCGCAAAGCCUCAAUGCGUAAAGGCCUUUGGAUUGUCUGUCUGGCACCCUCCUCCAGCGAACUUGCGCCUUCGUGGUCACCUCCUCUAUCUGCAGGUGAUGACCUUGGAAGGUACUGCCUUCCAUAUCACUUCGCACAUCUCUGGGUUUUAUGUCUCAAACUCGACCAGUCAGAAGUUUGAUCCGACUCCGAAGGCUAAGUCGCCUUCUGCCCACUCUCUCCUUGUUUUGCUUCAGGAUCUGUCCCCGCUCUUUGCUGCUGAGCUUCACAAAUGGCAGACACGUUUGGGCGAACGCGAUCCUCUGACGGUCUACACUCCUACUAAUGCUAUGCUUGCUGCUCCUUUCAUUGCCAGACCGGCUCCUUCCCCGCUUCCUGACGUGUCGAGGACACAAGAGCAGCUCUUGCUUGGUGGCAGUGACAAUCUCGAUACUGUGCGCGAUUGGAACGAGGAUUUCCAGUCAACCCGCGAGAUGCCCCGUACGACCAUCACUGAGCGCAUUCUCCGUGAGAGACUCUUGAACAAGCUUUCGUUUGACUACUCCGAGGCUGCUGCGAAAGGCGCCGUGCAAAUCGUUCGCGAGGAGAUCCCUCCUAUGAACACAAGCGAUGUGCGUGACAACCAGGUUUAUCUCUACAAUGGUAUCCUGUUCUCCUAUGGUGCUGAUCCCAACGGAGCAUAUGCCAAAGAAGGUGGUGAUGCGGCUGCGCGCUACGCUGUCGGCAAGGAUCUUGCCGGCGUGAAAUUUGUCACUCAAUUGGAUGUCGAGGGAUUGUACCCGCUGUGUACCGUUGUCGUCGACUACUGCGGCCGCCGAGUUGUUGCUCAGGCACCGUUCCCCGGCAUCUUCCGUCAGCAGGAAGACGUCCCCAACCAAAUUGUCUACGGUGCGGUGGAAGAGCGUAAGGUCAUUGAUAACUCGCCAGACUUCAAGCCGUACUUUGAGAAGAUUGCCGAGAGCCUUCAUCUCAAGACUCAUACUGUUUGGGACCAGGAUGGUAAGCCUUUCGAGCUCGCUACUUCGCUCGAGAACAAGGGUUUGAUGGGUACCGAUGGAAGAAAAUACAUCAUCGAUCUGUACCGCAUCACUCCUCUGGACAUCGAGUUCUUGGAGUCUGAGGGCGAAGGUUAUCCUCAUAAAAUGGCCGUCCUGCGAACUGAAGCCGUUGAUGAAUGGUGGAGAGUUCAGGUUCGUGCUUGGGUUUCUGAAGAGACUGAGAAGUACAAGGCUGAAGGAAAGGAGGCCGAGAAAGAGUCGGAAGAGCCCGUCAAGGCUAUCGAAGACUCGAAGGCAGCACCAUCUGAGGAGCAAGAUGGAGAGUCUGUCAAAGAGGAUGCGGUCGAAGAGAAGAAGGAGGUCGUGACCUUGUCGUUUGAUGGAUUUAAGUAUGCCAUCAACCCUGACGUCUUUGCCGGUCAACUUCCUGUGACUGAGGCCGACAAGGAGGCCUAUGCUGAAGACGAGGCUAGAGUUCGCGCGAUUUCGAAAUUCGUCAAGACCACCUUGAUCCCGGAUUUCGUCAAAGACAUUCACAAAGGAACAGUGUCUGUUCCGCUUGAUGGUGUCCAGCUGUCGACUCUGAUGCACAAGCGCGGUCUCAACAUGAGAUAUCUGGGUGCCGUUCUUGCUAGCGUGGCAGAGGCCGAGAAGGAGUCAAAGACACCCAAGAAGUUCACAUUGUUCAAGAUCCUUCUCGAGCAGGAGAUCAUUGCUCGGUCUUUGAAGCAUGCUAUCAGCUCGCUGAUUCGCGACAUUCCCGUGCCGCUAAUCUCGUUUGCCGUGGCGCAUAUCUACAACUCGAUUCUUGGAACCAAGCUCAACCCUGAUCCGGAGGUUGCUCUGGACGAGGCUUUGGUGGCCCUCUAUCCUCGCGAGAACCUGGAGUUUGCCAAACUCUCUGCCAAGGAGAUCCAGGAUCUUGUCAAGGCUGAGGCUAAGAGCCGCUUCAGAUACGAUCUUGGAGAGAACUGGGUGGACACUAAGGUCCGAUCGCUGCAGCUCUUCAGGGAGGUUUCCAUCAAGAUGGGUUUCCAAUGGAAGGCCAAGGACUACAGCUUUGAUAAGACUUUGGCCGCUCCCGCGACCGAGGCUGAUGAGGCAAAGGCCUCUGAGAAGACGAACGGUGAGCAGCCCGUCGCUAACGGCAAGUCUGGAAAGAGCGGUAAGAAACAUGGAAAGAAGAACAAGCAGGCACCCAAGGAGGAGACAGCCACCGUGAAGAAGGCUGUCACACCAAAGGCCACAUUUGUUCCUGACGAUUUGCUGAACAUUGUGCCGGUCAUCAAGGACUCCACUAUGAAGUCUGUGUUGGCGGAGGAGGCCAUCGAAGCUGGUCGUAUUUCGUUGAUCCAGGGUAACCGCGAAAUCGGCGUCGAUCUUCUUCUCGAGUCGCUCUCGCUUCACGAGCAGAUCUACGGCAUUCUCCAUCCCGAGGUUGCGCGCGCAUACUCUCAGCUGUCGAUGAUCUACUCAAGUUUGGAGGAGAAGCAGACCGCAGCUGCCGCCGAGUAUGCUCGCAAGGCUGUUAUUAUUGGUGAGCGGACUCUCGGAUUUGAUUCUUCGGAGACCGUCUUGCUGUAUCUCAACCUUGCCCUGGCUGAGCACGCAAAUGGAAAUGCACACGUCGCGCUUGCGCAUGUGCGUCAUGCGUACACUAUCUGGCGGAUUAUCUGCGGCGAGGACCAUCCGGAUGCGGUCACGAACUUGAACAAUGCGGCGGUGAUGCUGCAGUCGCUCACAGAAUUCAAAGACUCGAGAGAGUGGUUCGAGGCUUCGCUCGCGCUCUGUGAGAAGAUCUUUGGUACAGAGUCGGUCAACACUGCUGCGCUCAACUUCCAGCUCGCACAGGCCAUGGUUCUUACUCAGGAUUCGCACUCGGCGGUCAACAGGAUGAAGGCUGCGUACACCGUUUUCAACGCCGAGUUGGGUCCCGAGGAUCGCAACACGGUCGACUCUGAGAAAUGGCUUGUUCAGCUUACUCAGUCUGCGGUCGAGCUUGCUCGCCAGGCCAAGGACCUCGAAGCCAGAAAGGCGCAGAGGACGGCAAUUCUCAAUGGCACUGCUAAAGCUAAUGUGAAGCCUGUUGGAUCGGCUGCGAACGCGGCCGCCAAGGCUAAUGCUGGAAGCAGCAGCGGUGGUCGACGAUCUAAGACUUCUGAUAUUUUGAACGGUGUCCAGUCUGGAGAGAUCCUGCCGUCGGCGAUCAAUACGAAAUCAAUCGAGGAAUUGGUUAAGUAUAUCGGCGGCACUAACUAG